CAAAAUAGCUACACCAUGGCCUGCGUAGCACGGAACGGAGCCGAUGCGUCACUUGGAAUCCACUCAGCCUAGCAACUAACUAUUUUUUGUUAUCAUUUUCUGCCUUUCUUAAGUUCUUUCUUUUGGCCGUGGCUACUUUGGCCAGGCCGUUCCACUCGACGGGGAGGCCCAAGUCCCAAGUUGGUGCGGCGCUUAUGCCCCAAGUAAACUGCAAGUCCCAAACUGGACCCGAGUAUACCUGGAGCAUAGAAGCUUACAGCAUGUCCCCGGUAUAUCUCGCAUUGAACCUGACACGCUAGACUGGAAACUCGCCAGCACUCGCAUGCGCAAGCAUUAUCGUCUUAUCCAUCAUCAUCAUGGCUGUCAAGGACAUCCCCGAGACCCACAUCAAGCUCACGCCGUUUGACCACUGCGUCCCGCGCGCCUACUACUAUGGCUGCGUCUACCUACCCCUGAAGACGGGCGUCUCGUAUGGCAGGGCCUUCGACCUCUUCCACGAGGGCCUGCGCCAGCUCUUCGUCCAGAUUCCGUGGCUCAACGGCGACGUGCACCUGCAGCAGCCCACGACGGCGGGCUGGCGGCCGGGCCAGCUCGAGAUCCGCUACCGACCGCUCACCCCGACCGACCCCCUGCCGCCGCAGCUCAGGUACAAUGAACUCGACACGGACCUCGACUUCGCCUCGUUGCGGGAGCUCGGGUUUGCGCCCGACGCGUUCCGCGACGACGACAUCAUGCCGCCGACGGGCUUCUUCGCCGACCCCAAGGUAGCGUCGGGGCCCGUGUUCGCUGCGCAGGCCAACUUCGUCGAGGGCGGGUGCCUGCUCGUCAGCGCGCUGCACCACUCGGCCAGCGACACGGUCGGCUACUACCACAUUGUGCGCAUGUGGGCCGCCCAGUGCGCCGCGCUGCAGGAGGGCGGCGGCCCGCCCGAGGCCUUUGCUGCCGGCAGCGACAGCCACGCGCUCCUGCACGAGAUCUGGACCCGCGAGACGCCCGGGCUGGCCGCCGAGGACGUCAAUCCCGAGACGUGGCGCCUGGUCGGCCUGGACCCCAAGGACAUGCGCGUGCUCAAGCAGGGCGAGGCGCCGCCCAACGAGGACGGAGGGUCCGUGUGGGCUACCGAGACGGGCGCGACUGGCCCGCCCAAGCUGCCGGGCGGACGCAAGCUCAAGACGGCCGUCUUCUACCUGCCGACGGCGCGCCUGGCCGCGCUGUGCAAGGCGGUGGCGGAUGAGCUGGGAGACUCCAGCAGCGUGGGGACCAACGACGCCGUGUGCGCGCUGAUCUGGCGGUGCUUCAUCCGGGCGCGCGUGGCCACGCGGCGGGCGCGCGGCUUCAGCUCUCCCGAGGACGACUCGGAGUCGGCCAUCACCAAGCUGAACCUCAUCUACGACGGGCGCGCCACGUAUUCGUCAGCCCUGCCGCCGACGUACCUGGGCAACAUCACCUUCAACAUCUUCUCCGAGAUGCCGCUGAGCCAGCUGGUCGGGCCCGAGAGCUCGCUGGGGCCCAUCACGCUGCUGCUGCGCAAGAACGCGGGCCACGGCGACCAGGAGAACCUGCUCAACCUGUACAACCUGCUCGACCACAUGCCCAGCUACGACGAGCUGAUCAAGAAGAAGCGCCGGCGCAUGCCCAUGAUCGACGGCAACAACAUGCAGGUGUCGUCGCUGAUGCACAUCCCGCUCGACGCCGUGUGCUUCGGCGACGGCGCCGUCCUGGGCAACAAGGGCUGCCCCGAGGCCUCGCGCCUGCUGAUGGACGCCUCCAACAGCUUCACCCGCACUUGCCUGGUGCUGCCGCGCAACAAGAACGCCGGCGUCGAGGUCCUGGUCGGCCUCUACGACGAGGAGCUGGACUCGCUGAUGGCGGACGAGGAUUUUACGCGUUAUGCGCUGUGCUUGUGCCGGCCCGAGUAGCGGGUUCUCGUCGGCAUAGACUCUACGAAUUGCUCAUUUAUUUGUUUUUCUGUCUUUGAAGAGCCAAGUGCCGCAGUGCCCAACACACACACACUAGGUAGAUAUACUA